UAUUGAAUUUUAUGUUUCAUUUUACAGAAGUAAGCUGUUACUUGUUGAGCAAUAGAGCCUUGGAUUUGAAUUAAAAUAUUCACACUUUUGAAAGUAGAGCUGUGAUACAAAUUGGUGGCAAAUAGUUUAUCGCCUAUUCAAGCAUCAAAGAAGUCCCGGAAAUACACGACACUUGAAAAGACUGCGUAACAUCCUUUGAAUUUCUUUGCUUCAAAGAGGAACACAGAGCAAUCAAACUGGCGAGCACAUUGUUAGCGUUCACCAAGACCUCUGUGAGCAGGAAAAAGAACAACUACAUCAUGCCUGCCAAAGCACCGAUCUACCUGAAGGCAGGCGCGGGCAAAAACGGGUACGGUAACAGCAAGGGAGGCAAGAAAUUACGGGAGCUGUUAUCGACAGAGAUGAUUUCCCCGCCGUUGGGAGAUUUUCGACAUAUGGCUCACGUUGGAAGGGGAGCUGACGACAUGUUUGGAGAUACUACUUUUUUGCAGAACCAGACCGAGAUCGACAAAGCAAAUGAUGGAACUGAUACGAAACGAACAUCAAGUUUAGGAAGAAAAGGAACGAACAAGUCUCGUAAUUACAGUGUUCCUGAUGAAAAUGGGAGACCUGCUGACGUAAAAUCAGUAUCUGCACAGUCGUAUGACGGAUAUGGGCCAGCUGAGUCACCUAUCUUGCAAAGUGCGUUUUCCUUGCCUCUGUUACCCCACGGUAGCGAGUCUACAGAUACUUCUCCAGUGCACAGCAGAGGCAGCAUUGCCAGCAAAGCCAAAGGAAAGAAAACCAUGAACAACAACUGUAUUUCAAACGGCAAAUCUCACAGCCGAAGCUAUGGAGACGGUAUCAACACUACCCCGGCCUCUACGCCAAACGGCACGGGAAACGGGCCACCGAAACCCCGCAGGAUUAUGGAUGAAGAGCCGAACGGACUCGGGUCAGUAGACAAGCACAGCGAACUGCGAAGGUCUUCUGAUGUGUACACGCAGAAACCCGGCGGUCUCCUUGGAUACAAUGCACGCCUUGAUACCUCAUCAGUGUUAGACGGUUGGAAUGUGGACUUGGGCUGUUCACUUAUGGACGAUGUAAUGGGCGUGUUCGACAGAGUGGAAUUAUAACCUUACCCAACAACAACUUGACAUAAUGUGCAGUCGCUGAGGUGUAGGGCUGGAAACAGUCGCUGUAUCCACCCAAGCGUGCAAAGUCUCGCACGAGACCGUGAGGAUAAGGACAGCGUACGCAUUAUAAUCGUUUCUUACUUUAACGAACCACUAACACGUCGAUUUGGUUCUAAAAAUUGACGUUGAAAUAUUGAUAACCGUAUUACUUUACUUUCAUUGACCGCAGUCGCAGUCCGCUGUUCAUAAACUUCUGAGGCGCAAUUCGCAGGGUGUAUGGGGUGUCAGUUCUCCCCCUAUAUGUAAACUCAUGGUGAGGUGUAACUUGAUAAAAAAAUUAACUAAAAAUUUGCAAGGACAUAUUGUGCUGAUUUUUUUGUUGCAACCCCACCUAAUUUAUGUUCUCAAACAAUAAAGACAAGGAUAUAUUAUACACCCUACCUUUUGCUUUGCCUGCAUGGUACCUUAGUUUUGUAAAUGAUUUUCGUUCGAUGUGCAAUAUCAGAAUCAUGGCGUUCAGACGCGCAUGCUUAUUCGCGCGGAUUAAUUCUUUCCUACAAAGUGAGCGCAGCUGCGACACUUAAUACGCCAGACAUAUCUGCUCAUGUGAGGGAAUUCCAUCGCGCGGCCGAGAUUUUUAAAUGCAGUGACGAUGUGUGUGUAUAUUUCGUAACUGAAUAUUCGCCUAUUGCCAAAUAAACGCAUUGCUUGUAA